UGAGAGGUCAUCAUGAGCAACUGGAGCGUGUUCUGGCGGAACGUGGUCAGGCGGAUUAACUUUCUCGAUGACGACGAGAGGCGGCAGAUCAUCAAGCUCACGGAGACCAAGGUAGAUGGCGACCAAUGGUCGAUUCCAGAUACCUUUGUCAGGAUACACAGGCACGUGUACAACGAGAUUUCCACGCCAAGCAACAAGUACACAGACCAUGUCGCGCGAGAUGUGCCUCGAACGUUUGUGCUCUUUGAGCUGCCUUACGAUACAUUGCCCAUGCAACCGGCGCUCCACAGAGUUUUGAAUGCGAUUUCAGAAGCCGAAGAUGGGUAUUGCCAAGGGAUGAACUUCAUCGCGGCCGUCUUCCUCGUCCAGGGCUUUUCAGAAGAGGACGCGUACAUUGUCUUCCUCUAUCUCUUGAAGCAUAAGCAUCUCAGCCAGGUCUUCAAGGACUCGUCCAUGUUUCUGAACGAGUACCUUGGCCAAUUCCAACAGCAAUUCAGCCUGUACCUGCCUGACCUCGCGGAUCGCCUCGAGUCGUGUGGUUUUAGCGUGUACCUGUACGGCGUCGAAUGGUUCACCACAAUCUUUUCGUGCUCGUCAAAAUUGGAUCUGACGCGAGCAGUGUUGGACAUGAUGCUCGUGGGCAUCCAAGACGUCAUGUUCCGUGUCGGCCUGGCCCUGCUCAAAAAUGUCGAGUCCCAAGUAAUGGACCUUCAGUUUGAAGACUUGCUGCGUCAUUUCAAAUCCAUCGUCAAGCAAGCCGACACUUAUCAAGUCGUGCUGGAUGCAUUAGCCAUCCCCCCCCACGCCGAAGCCGCCGCGGGGGGCGUCCUGGCCAAGACGGCGCGGCGGUCGUCCAAGCCGUGGGUUGCAUGGCCCUAUGCUCGUCACCGAACACUCGGUCCAGUUCUCGCCCGUGCUUGUGAAAUGGGCACGUUGAACCAGCGCCAGUGGGAGACGUGGAAAGCGUUGCAUGUCGACAGCGAAGCCCAUGUCGUUGUUGCCAACGAGGUCUUGCAUUAUGCCGUGUGGCAUGGCCAUGUCCACGUGGCUGCGUUUGCGAUUCAAACGGCCAAGGCCGAUCCAAAUGCAGGCGACGACUUUGACCUGCGUCCGCUUCACUUUGCCAUCGUGCGCAACCACCCCGACCUGGUGCGCCUGCUGCUCAUCCAAGGAGCCGAUGUCCACGCCCGCGGAGGCAACUCGAUCGCCAUGCCUCGCUCCCUGCAGAUGAAAUCGCCCGUGGAGUUGGCCAACAUGUGGAUCUACUCAGACAUUGAAGCCGUGGGACUGGUGUUGGAGGGCAAGGUGUGUUUGCACUGCAACGUCAAGUUCCCGCUGCUGCUGCCGUUCCUUGCGAUCAAGCAAUGCCCCGACUGCUUGUACAUGUACUGCCGACAGCAUUGCGUCGACCACCACCGAUGCGCACCCUCAGUACCAACUGGGUACCUAUAAGUGCGGCAUAUCAUCGAUCGUACGUGUAGGCGGCUACACAAGGCGUGAUGAAGCCAAGUCGAGUCGAAGUUGAUGAAAGCGAUUGCCUCGAAGCUGACGAAUGCGAUGUGGAACGAACAGUUUCCCGGCCGUGCAAUAGUAAAUGGUAUUGCACAUACCGGGACUGCCACGGAGUCUUCAACCUCUUCCGCGUCCGAUACAAGUGUGCGAUCUGCAGCUACUCGAUGUGUUCCCUCCAUAUGCAUACACGGACGGUGCAAGGCCAACGUUGCUGGGUGUGUACCACAUGCACUGAUGACGAAAUGGAAGACUAAAUUAACUGUAAACCAGUACUACCAGUACCGUACACUACUGGUGUACAAGAAAUUCCAAAUGCACAGCGAGCUUGUACUAUGC